GAUCGUGCUUUUAAAAAAAAGAAAAAAAAAAGUAGAAUUUUUUUUAAACGUAUUGUUAAAUUUUAUACGAAUUAUUUAAAUACAAGCGAAUGACAAAGUAAAAAGAGGAUUUCAACACAAUUUCACAACAAAAUUGUUAAGAGGAAAGAUAUAUUGAUAUUAAUCAUCUGUGUACACUGAAAGAAGCUUGCAUGAUUCAUUAUAAUGAGAGUAUUAGAACUAUACAGUGGUAUUGGUGGAAUGCAUUAUGCUCUUCAAGAAAGUGGCAUUAAAGGUGACAUUGUUGCUGCAGUUGAUAUCAAUACCAUUGCAAACAGUAUAUACAAAUAUAAUUUUCCAGAUGUAUCACUUAUGAAUUGUAAUGUUCAAUCACUUUCUGCAAAACAGAUAAAUGAUUUAAAUAUAGAUACUAUAUUAAUGAGUCCGCCAUGUCAGCCUUAUACGAGGGUAGGACUGCAGAAAGAUAUAUCAGAUAACAGAUCAUCUUCAUUAUUUCAUGUUCUUUCAUUGAUUCCACAGUUGAAAACAUUAAAAUACAUACUGCUUGAAAAUGUGAAAGGAUUCGAAAAGUCUGAAAUGAGAAAUGCAGUAUUAAAAUGUAUGAAUGCAUCUGGAUUUAAUUAUAAGGAGUUAAUUCUAAGCCCUUGUCAAUUUGGUAUACCAAAUACAAGACAUAGAUAUUAUCUGUUGGCUAAAAGAAAGGAUUUUCAAUUCUGCUUUGAUCACUAUACAUUAAACUUUAAUCUACCAGAAGCUGUUUUAAAGGCCUUACCAAAAAGUAAACAUAAUUUAUUAGCAGAAGGUGCUAAAACAGAGAAGAAGUGCUAUAAAUUAGAAAAUAUUUUAGAAAAUGUUGAAGCGUCACAGUAUUUAAUUCCUAGAAAGUUGUUACAAACGAGAGCUUGGUUGUUUGAUAUUAGAACAUCUCAAAGCGAUGGUUCCUGUUGUUUUACAAAAGCUUAUAGCCAUUAUGUAGAAGGAACUGGUUCUAUAUAUUGUCCAUAUACAAAAGAAAUAAUUCAACAGACAUUUUUAGAAGCAAAUAAAUAUGGAAAGAAAUCGUUGGAGGCAUCAGAAGUUUUACAAAGAUUAAUGUUACGGUAUUUUACGCCUAGAGAAGUGUGUAGAUUGAUGUGUUUUCCCGAGGAAUUUGUAUUCCCAGAACACAUAACGUGUAAGCAAAAAUACAGACUUUUGGGAAAUUCAAUUAAUGUACAUGUAGUUAGUAGAUUAAUAUUUUUAUUAUACACUGAAAAGAAAAUUACAUGACAUUCACAGAAAUAUAUUUUAUAUAUAUUUUUAAUAAAAAAAAUCUUUUAUAUUCCAAAAAGUUAUAAAGUUUCUGAUAAUAGAAAUAUUUAUGAAGAAAUAAUAAGUGUAAUAAGUAA